GCGGGACUUAAACCAGGGCUGUUUUACCCAGUCAGCCAGUCCAACUGGAGUCGGAAGCCUGAGGGGAAAGAAGCAUCUACCACGCUGCUCAGGUAUUUCUGUUCCUCUUUUUUCUUCCCUGAUUGUCACUCGAAGUUACUCAGCCAGCCAGCCCAUAGAAACAUGACUACCAACAAAAGUCCCUUGCAUCCCUACUGGCCUCGGAACCUGAAGCUUGACAACUUUGUGCCUAAUGACAUUCCCACCUGGCACAUCCUAGCUGCCCUGUUCUCUGUCUCUGGAGCCCUAGUUUUGACCACAUGGCUGUUAGCCAGUCGUACUUCAGUUGUCCCACUGGGAACUUGGCGGAAACUGUCCUUGUGCUGGUUUGCAGUAUGUGCAUUCAUUCACUUGGUGAUUGAGGGGUGGUUCAGUUUCUACAACAAGACUCUUCUUACAGACCAAGCCUUCUUAUCCCAACUCUGGAAAGAGUAUUCCAAGGGAGACAGCCGUUACAUCAUUUGUGACAACUUUAUCGUCUGUAUGGAGACCAUCACAGCUAGCAUGUGGGGACCACUCAGCCUGUGGGCAGUGAUUGCCUUUCUCCGCCAACAACCAGUUCGUUAUGUUCUACAGCUCAUGGUCUCUCUGGGCCAGAUCUAUGGAGAUGUUCUGUACUUCAUGACGGAGUAUCGAGAUGAAUUCCAGCAUUCGGAGAUGGGCCACCCAGUCUAUUUCUGGUUUUAUUUUGUCUUCAUGAAUGCCUUAUGGCUGGUGAUACCUGGAAUCCUCUUGCUCGAUUCUGUGAAGCAGCUUACUCAUGCUCAGAGUAUGUUGGACUCCAGAGUCACAAAAACCAAGAGGAAGUUAAACUAACGACCAGUGGACUGAACUGGAGGACUUCAUGAAGACGCACUCUCCAUUUACCAGAAGAAUCUAAACCUGAUCUCACAUGUUGGAGGAACAAAGCGAACUGAUCUCUCAUAUUCAGGCCAAUAACCAAAAAAAUAAGGGCUAUAUUGGAGGUAUUGUCAGGAGCAAUUGGGAAAAAGACUUUUUACAACCAGUUAAUAAAAGCUCUUCAAUCUAA